CGGCGCGCGCCCCACCCACCUCGGGCUCCGCGCGACGGCACGGAUUGGCUUAAUCCGUGGGCGCCCGCCCUCCGCUCGGCGGAGGCUGGGCAUUGGGCACCUCGGCGACCAGUCAGCGAGGCUCUUGCUGCGGAGUGUCUAGCCCCGCCUACGGCCGGAAACACCGGGAGGACCUUGCUGUGCGCUCAGGCGGUGUUUUAAACGGCUCGGGCUGGGGAAUCCGUGUCUGAGCUGUCUCGGGUUGAAAGGGACAAGAGGCUUGCGGGCCGAGCUCUAGCGCGGUCAGCCCAGCUGCCUUGUUCUUUCAGAGCUGAUUUAUCCAGAGCCCAGCAUGGGUUUCCUGACCGCCGUGACUCAAGGCCUGGUGCGGGGAGCAGACAGGAUGAGCAAGUGGACAAGCAAGCGGGGACCACGCACCUUCACCAAGAGUCGGGGCGCCAAGAGAACAGGCAUCUAUACUUCGGAUAGGAAGUUUGUGCAGAUAAAAGAAAUGGUCCCAGAAUUUGUCGUCCCGGACUUGACCGGCUUCAAGCUGAAGCCCUACGUUAAUUACCGAGCUCCUGCAGGCACAGACACACCUCUGACCGCCAAAGCACUGUUCCUGGAAACAGCUGCACCCGCUAUCGAGAAAGACUUUAAAGAAGGGACUUUUGAUGCUGGCAACCUGGAGAAAUAUGGCUUUGAGCCCACACAGGAAGGCAAGCUGUUCCAGUUAUAUCCUAAGAAUUUCCCACGCUAGAAGGCCAUGACAGUGGCCAAAGGUUUGCCUACAGAGUGGAGACAAUACUGAGCAUGCCUUGGAUUGUGAGUGUCUCAAAGUGUAGGGCAGCUUACUCGUGCACUUCUAUUAAAUGCCUUUAGUAUCUCGUA